GCCGCUGUGCUGACGUUUCGGCGACUGAACAACAAACAGAGUUUGGGUUUCAUCCAAAAUGGCGGCGCAGCCGGACACUAGGGCACUCGGCGCGGCGGAGUCGGCGCAGCCUCGGUAGUGCGCGUGUGUAGUGAGUGUGGAUGUAUUCGGGAUGCCCCGCUGGACCUGAGUAAGCAGGACAGGUAGACUCUGCUGCUGUGUCGUUAGCUCGGUGUGGAGUUUAAGCGGAUAUUCCAGCGCGUGUCCGUGGCGGAGUGCAGGCCGGCGGUGGUGAGCGCGGCGGUGGGCAGUGAGGGAGGGAGUGCAGGCCGGCGGUGGUGGGCAGUGAGUGUGUGUGAGAGAGUGUGUGUGUGUGUGAGUGUGUGUUAGCCGGAGCGGAGUAAAGAGCCCGUGUUUUUCUCUCGGCGGCUCUGUGACGCUCCGCGCGCGCGCUUACAAAGACUUUAUAACGGAGCCCGUGUGUGGAUUCAGAGCCUCAGAACCGCCUCGCGCCCCGGACUGCCGGGGGACACAGCGACCCUCUCAGCGAGCUGAUUAUCCCCCUCUCUCUCUCUCUCUCUCUCCCCCACUCUCCCCCUCAGCGAGCUGAUUAUCCCCCUCUCUCUCUCUCUCUCUCUCUCUCUCCCCCCCUCAGCGAGCUGAUUAUUCACUCUCUCAUCACCCUUCUGCAGCGCGGCCCUCGGAACUGAUUAUCCCCCUCUCUCUCUCUCCCUCUCUCUCUCUCUCUCAGCACCUUCUGCAGCGCGGGCCUCACAGCUGCUUAUUCACUCCUCUCUCUCUCUCUCUCUCUCUCUCUCCCCAGGGAAAUGAAGUGGGGCUCGCACACGCUGCUGCUGUUUCACUCCAUCUGAACCCUCAUUAGUGCAAUCAGCUUCUCACACACACACACACACACACACACCAGGCUGGGUUUACAUUUACUUCAUGUACAUAUAGAUAGAUAAAUGUAUCUCUGAUUGUAGCAUAAUUGUACUUUUAAAAAGAAAUAAAUCCCGAUUAUUAUUAUUAUUAUUAUUAUUAUUAUACCCAACAAAUACAGAAUGUCCAAAUACUACUGAGUUUAUCUGAAAAAUACGUUUUUAAAUUUUCAGGUUUGGUCCAGAACUGGCUUUAAAUAAUUCUCAAAUCGAUAUCUGUUAAAAAUCACAGACUCAGUGAAUAAUAUUUGUGUAUUUCUGGAAAUUUGCACCGAGCAAUAACCUUGACCUGUGACAGUGACGUCAAAUCAGGGACAUUUGCAGCACUUUAAAAAUAAAUAGAUAGGUAGAUUUUCCAUGUUCCAGACAAACACAACCCUUGACAUUGUGAGUGUGUGUGUGAUGAGAAUUAAUGAAGAAGGAAAGAAGGCACCUGCAGGAUCUGCAGCGUGUUGUUAGGGUUUGGGUUUGGAGCACUGCGAUGUUGCACUCAUCCAUCAGGCUUUGAAGUUUUCCUCUAGUUUAGAAACUUGACUAUAUUAUAUUAGUUAUUGGACAGAGUUAUAAAGUAGUUGGCAGUGCUGGGCUGUGGUGUCCAUGACAUGAGAAGAUGAACGGACAGAAUCCAGCACUAGAUCUAUGCAGUGCCAGAAUGAAAGCGUCUGAUGAGGACCACACCACAGCGCUCAUCUCCGAGGAACUCGUCCUCCGGAAUAGCAUCAAGUUCAUAGACAAGGAUGCAGAAGCUGCGGACUCAGGACAUGUGGAUAAGAAUGAUAAAGAAGAACCGCUGACUCAGAAGAAUAACGGAACCGUCCUUUCAGUGCCAUCACACGUUCCUGAAGAAAGUAGCACGCGGGAUCGGGAAUCCUGUUUUUCCAUUAGAAGUGCGAAUAACGAUGAGGACAUGGACAUCGGUGUGGAUUUGAGCUUGGACGAAAGUGGAGUUUUGGAGUCUGAUCCGGUGCCAACACUCCAGGAGAGCAGCGGUGUGGGUUCUGUAGCUUCUGAAACAGAUAAGGACUCGGAGAAGCCUUCAGAAGCCGAUCCCUCGAGUUCGACUGAUACCGAGGACCCGUCUCCAGCUCAACAGGAAGGAACCGGACCCAAACCCGGAGCUAAGAGGGUGACGUUUCCCUCAGAUGAGGACAUCGUGUCUGGCUCGGUGGAACCAAAGGACCCGUGGAGGCACGCUCAGAAUGUGACCGUAGACGAGAUCCUGAAUGCCUACAGACAAGCCUGCCAGAAACUCAACUGUAAACCAGUCCCUAAAGUGCUCAAGCAGAUUCAGGAUUUAACAGACCUGACUCAGAGAAACGACUGCCUGGAUCUGAAAGGUGAGAAGUUGGACUAUCGGGCCUGUGAGUCUCUGGAGGAGAUUUUUAAACGAGUGCAGUUUAAAGUUGUGGAUCUCGAACAGACAAAUCUGGAUGAAGAUGGAGCGUCAGCAUUAUUUGAUAUGAUUGAAUAUUACGAGUCUGCCACUCACCUGAACAUCUCCUGCAACAAGCACAUCGGCACUCGAGGCUGGCAGGCCGCCGCCCACAUGAUGAGGAAGACGAGUUCUCUGCAGUACCUGGAUGCGAGGAACACUCCCCUGCUGGACCAUUCGGCUCCAUUCGUGGCUCGAGCUCUGAGGAUCAGUGGCAGUCUGACGGUUCUGCACCUGGAGAGCGCGGGGCUGUCGGGACGUCCACUCAUGCUGCUGGCGACAGCUCUGAAGAUGAACAUGAACCUGCGUGAACUUUACCUGGCUGAUAAUAAACUGAAUGGGUUGCAGGACUCGGCUCAGCUGGGAAACCUGCUCAAGUUCAACUACAACAUCCACAUCCUCGACCUGAGGAACAACCACAUCCUCGACUCAGGGUUGGCAUAUAUUUGUGAGGGUCUGAAGGAACAGAGGAAGGGUCUGGUCACUCUGGUGCUCUGGAACAACCAGCUCACACACAAUGGCAUGGGCUACCUCGCUUCUGCACUGCCAUGUACUCAGAGUUUGGAGACUCUGAAUCUUGGACACAAUGCGGUUGGUAACGAGGGUGUGCUCAAGCUGAAGGACGGACUGAUCGCAAAUCGCUCGCUGCUGCGCCUCGGCCUCGCGUCCACCAAACUGUCGUGUGAAGGUGCCGUGGCCGUGGCGGAGUUUUUCGCCGAGAGUCCACGGCUGCUGCGUCUGGACCUGCGAGAGAAUGAGAUAAAGACCGGAGGACUGAUGGCUUUGUCACUCGCUCUGAAGGUGAACACCUCACUGCUCCGCCUCGACCUGGACCGAGAACCCAAGAAAGAGACGGUGAAGAGCUUUAUCGAGACACAGCGCACCCUGCUGACUGAGAUCCAGAACGGCUGCAAGAAUAACUUCAUCCUUGCGAAAGAGAAGGCGGAAUCUCAGCAGCAGAUGAGGCACUCAGUAUCCAUGGCUGAAAUCGCCACUGAGGAUCCGCCUCCUGAGCAAGAAGAGGUCGCUGGAGAUCAAGUCUCAGAGGGACAGGAGACCAAACAGGAGGAGGAGCAGCAGCAGGAGGAGAAGGAGCAGGAGAAGAGUGAGCAGGAGGAGGAGCCGAGUGAAAUCCAAGAGGGUGUAAAACAGACCUCAGCCACGCAGGACGACUCGGAUUCUGACACUGACACUGACGACGAUGACAAUGAAGAUGUGGGAGAGACAAAAGCAGCUGCACAAACGUUGACUCUGAGCCAAACCCCGCCCCCCGUAAACACCACAUUUAGUGCCUGUCAGACUCCGCCCAAUAAUACUCCUAGAUCCACCCCUGAGACAGCAGCCGUGGUGUCGGGGAUCAGAGUGACGGAAGCGAGUGUGUCGAGCGGAACGCCAUCUUCACCCGGACGCUGCUUCUCAGUGUCCAGCCCUGGGAGAGGACACAAGAUCUUCAUGGUGACACGUGUGGAAAGUCCUCCUGAACAACAGCAGCAGCAGAGCGACCUGACAAAGCGUGUCCAGGAGAAUAAAACACCUUCUCCAAAACAACAGCCGGUCUCUCAGGACCAGCAGAGUGCAGAGAGAACCGCUUCAGCUCAGGAGACAUCUGAGGAACCUUCACGAGUAUCAGCAGAGUCCAAACCAAGAGAAACAGAACCAUCGCCGAGCACCACAGAGGAGCAACCUUCUACACACGGCCAAACGCAGCAGGAGCCGAAUCCCAGCACAGAAACUGUGAGCGAUGAAAGCGUGCACACUGAGCAUGCUCAGAUCCAUCACACUGCCCCUGCAGAGUCUAACGAUCUGUUCCAGGAUCAGCUGAAACCUGCUGAAGAAGUGCACGAGGAACCGAGCAGCAGUAGUGCUGUGAGCGGUGAGCUGCAGGAGGAACUCGCAGAACAUCUGGACACAGAAACGCCAAACGAUGACCAACAGCUGGAUAAAGGCACCUCACUGGAACAGGACUCGGAAACGGUAAACAGCAUUUCCUCAGCAGAAGAGGUGGAGCGUCUCGACACAGCGCCACCUCCAGGCAGCACCCUGCCGAACGGCCUGAAGCCCGAGUUCACGCUGCACCUGCUGGAGCCCGAGGCACAUAAAGCGGCCUGCUGCGUGAUGGAGCACAUGAGUGUGACAGCGGAGCUGAGCUGUGGUCAGGAUCUGGAGGAGCUUCUGCUGGAUGCCAGUUUGGACGCGAGCAGAGACGCACCUUAGCGCCGUGGCGACGGGUCGAAGCGUGUGCAGAGACGGCGGGGGAGCGGGAAUAAUCUGAGCCCAGAGUCUCGCUCUCGUCCUUCCACAGCUCCGAACCUCAACUCUUUUACACAUGAUUUAAUCUCAGAAAACAACUGAGAACAGCUGGAUCAUGGAUCGUCACUCUCUCCUGAGGCAUCGUCACAAAAUUGUCACUACACAGCAAAACGCAACUCAACAAAGUACAAUGAAAAACAAUCAACGUGAUUUUUUUUUUCCCCUUUAAGAGACUCUGAUGAGCGGAAAAUUCACACUGUUCUCUGUCCAUACAUUCCUCCUGAUGAUUCUGUAAAACCCCCGGCCUGGCACAAACCAAAGACACACACGCACACACACACACACAGCCUGCCGUUCUGCUCACUGCUACCCCCAUGUGGACAAUUAGCAUCAUAGCAGCAGGGGGCGGAGUCACAGAGUCAGAAAUUUUACAAGACUUUAAAUCAGUUUCACUUUGAAGUUAAGGACUGAAAUGCUCUGUGAGAGAGAGAGAGAGCAUUCUGUCUGUCAUUUUUGUUUCAGCUGUGUAAGGUUCUGCUCAGGAACCAUUUUUUGAGCUUCUCUCUCUCUCUCACUCACCUCCUCUCCUCUCUCUCUCUCUCUCUCUCUCUGUGUGUGUGUGUGUGUGUGUGUGUGUGUGUGUGAGAUAUUCAACAUCUGCAUCUUAUUUUUCUGAAUCUAAGUGAAUGUUCCAAAUCUGGGAUUUGGGGAGUCUCUUCCACUUUGGCUGAUCUUUCCAGAUUUUUUCAGACUUUUCCCCAUGUUAAGUAAUGACACUAAAACAUUCACACAGACAGAAGUGUGUGUGUGUGUGUGUGUGUGUGUGUGUUCCUGCCUUUCCUUUUCAACACCUCGCCUUUAAUUGUCCUCUUUAAUUUUGCUGCUUUCAGAAAUCAUUUAUUUUCUAUUUAUUUUAUUAAAUUGAGGGUUUUUUUCCUCUGAGUGAUUUAUGUUUCUCUCCUCUUGUCCCCAGCCCGUCUUUUAUUAGUUGUUACUGAGGGAUUUGGUUUUAAAGAUUUUCCCCCAUACUGGUGUAUAUUUUCAGAUAAUAUAAAGAGCGAUUAUACUUUUUUUAGGGCUUUGGAGAUAUUUGGGGGUUUAUGUUGAUUCUGUCUGUAUAAAAUUGGGAAUGGAGAGUAAACACUGUUUCAGAGAGAGAGAGAGAGAGAGAGAGUUUGGAAAGAAUAAAUGCAACACUAUUGUACUGUGAGGUGACACUACAGCUACAGCCAGCAGGGGGCGCCAGAGACUCACACCACCGAUAUACUAAAUCCAUCACGGAGGAGGAGGAUGUAGUUUUUAAUGUAUUCCAGUCUCUGGCCUCUGAUUGGCUCUCAGCUUUAGCACUUUGCUGUAAUGUGAUAAACAGGUCGAUCCGCAUCAUCACUGUUCUCCGCCUCGCCUCUGAACAUCAGCGUUUCUAAUGCUUUCAUUUUUAAAUUUUUAUCUGACCUGUUCAGUGACUCAGAAAUGUGCUGGUGACCACAAUGAGGUGUGUUUGUGUGUGUGGCCAUUUUUGUUUGUUUCUCUCUCAAAUAAAUGCAUGUAAUGAAAA